UCUUCUCGGAGGCAAAUCAUUACGGACAAGUUUUUUAUCGAUAUUAAAAAUAUUUUCUCACGACUCCUCAAUAUAGUCCUUUUUUUCCUGAAAAACCAAAAAUAAUUAGGGGAAAGAUAGGAGUGCCCGAGUGAUUGGAAUAAGGGAAUCUCACUAAAAAUUUGAUUGUUAUGUUUGAAAGAAAAGUUAAAAAACAUUAUUUCACAUGUAAUAUUGAUCCUAUUCGACCAUAGUAAAUCCCGACUUCCUUAAUUACGAAUCAUUAUUUCCAAAAAAAGAUAUUGAUAUUAAAACAGGAGACGAAUCAUUUUUUUUUUAUAAUUUCAUUUAUUAUUAUAUAAAUACUUUCCCAUUCAACCACUUGAAAAAAAAAAUUCUCUUCAAAUUAUUCAUCUUUAUUAUUUAUUACUAUGGAUUAUAAUAAUAAUUCAGUAGAAGGAUUUUGGGGAAAACCAACUUCAACAGUCGAUUGGUGUGAAAAAAAUUAUGAUGUUACACAUUAUAUUGCAGAAUUCUUUAAUACAUUAUCAUCACUUUGUAUGAUAAAUGCUGGUAUAUUUGGCAUGAUAAUGCAUUCUAAAGGAUUUGAAUUGCGUUAUACUAUUGCAUUUGUUUCUAUCAUUGUGGUCGGAAUAGGAUCAAUAUUAUUUCAUGGAACAUUAUUAUUUUCAUUACAAUUGUUUGAUGAAAUACCAAUGAUGUUUUGUGUAUUGAUACUUUUAUAUAAUUUGGUCGAAAAUAAAUCACAAAAGAAAUUUGGUAUUUGGUUUCCAACAUUAUUGAUCUGUUGGGGUGUUGCCAUAACUUCUGUUAUGAUUGGUUCUGGUAAAGAAUAUGAUAAUGAAAUUAUGCAGGAUAUAGAAUUUUACGUAUUUCAAGGAACCUUUGUCAUUACUUCAAUAAUUGUUUAUAUAUAUACGAUAUUGAUCGUAUUUAAUCCUGAGGGUGAUCCCUCUGUUACUAAACUUUGGUUAUUAGGAAGCGCAGUAUUUUUAUUUGGUUAUAUUGGUUGGCAUAUUGAUUUACAUUUUUGUUCAGUUGUAAAUCAAUUACCUCUCUCUAUACCAAAUCCUCAAUUACACGCAUGGUGGCACUUGACAGCAUCUUAUGGUUCAUAUAUAUUAUGCGUAUUGGUUUCUUAUGAAAGAACAAAAAUAUUAGGUAAAAAACCUACUCUUAAAUGGAUUUUUAAUAUUUUACCCUUCGUUCGAUUACCGGUACAUAAUACAAAUAAAAAUAAUGAAAAGAGAUUAUUUAAGAAUAAAAAAGAAUUAUUGUAUGAUGAUGAAAAUGAACAACUAGAUGAAAAAGUUCCUUUAUUAAAAGAUGAAAAUUAGUUAAUUUUUUUUAAAAAAAAGGAUAAAAAGGAAUGAGAAGAAAAAAAAAAAAGGAAGGAUAAUAGAACGUAAUUAUUAUUUUUUCUUUUUUAACUUAUUUUAUUAAUAGAGGAAAAGUAUAUAUCAUAAUAUUUAAAUUUAUUAUUUACUUAAUAUAGCAAGAAAUAAAUUUAUCAAAAUAAAAGAAUAAACCACAUGCUGAAUAGCAUUUUACAUAUAUAAAACAA